AUAGAUUGGCAUUAUCUUCAUGGCUGACCGUUAUUCACAAUCACUACACCACCCUGCAGCUGACUCCGUUCCAUCCCCCAGCCGCGCCACCUCAGCCGGGAAACACCCAAUAAUGUAUCGCGGGAUACGGAGUCGGGGCGGCAAGUGGGUCUCGGAGAUACGCGAGCCCAGAAAGACGACCCGAAUAUGGCUGGGGACUUACCCCACGCCGGAGAUGGCUGCGGCGGCAUACGACGUGGCUGCCCUCGCACUAAGGGGAAGCGAAGCCGUACUGAACUUCCCCGCCCACGCGUCUCGCUAUCCGGUACCCGCCACCUCCUCGCCGGCGGAUAUCAGAAGCGCUGCCACCAGCGGAGCCGCCAUGUUUCAGGUGCAAAGUAGUGGUGAUCAGCCCGCCGGCACCGCCUCUAGUCGUCAACUAAGAAACGACGCCCAGCCCCCUCCCGCCGGCGAAUACAUCGAUGAAGAAGCGUUAUUCGAUAUGCCUAAUUUGCUGGUGGACAUGGCGGGAGGAAUGAUGGUGAGUCCACCGAGAAUAAACCCCGUGUCGUCCGAUGAUUCUCCCAGCUGGAAUUCCGACGCUGAAAGUCAUCUAUGGAGCUAUUAAACUAACCUAAAAUCUAUUCCAUGCAUGACAUCUGAUCUCAUGCAAUAUUCCAUUAUAUUAUUAAGAAAAUAAUACAACAAGGAACGUUCCCGUUUGCCAGCAUGGACGGAAUUGCAUGCACGUGUUUGAUUUAGUUAAUGAAGAUUGAAUCAAAUUAUGUAUGACUUAAUGUUUUUUUUUUUUUUUUUAAUUUGUAUUAAGAGUUGUAAGAAGCUAAGGUAAUAAGAUAAGAUGGUAAGAUGAUUACCUUUUUGGGUUUCCUAGCUUUUACUUUUCAUGGUCUUAAUGGUUUGGUUACAUAUUGGCCCCCAGAACGUACGUUUAUAUGACAGGCUGACACAUAUUGGAAUUUAAAAUAAAA